AAAAGAAAAAAGUAUAUAUACUUAACAUUGUACAUUUCUUUGAUUUUCUUAACUUUUGUGAAUGAUUUAAAGGCACACUUUUUGGAGGAAGGCGGCGAUGAUAAGAAUGACUUCUCCAUUGAAGACGGCGUAGGUCCCCAUCCAGGAUGGGUACUUUUACUCCGGUUUAGCAAAGAUGGUGAAGUCAAUGUUCGCCGAGCUCUAACGUUUGCUGCAAAACAUAUCGAGUCCGACGGUGGUCGCAUACUUGGCCUUGCAAGGUCUCACUCGGUACGAAUUCGAGAGGGAGGAGAUUCCUGGGUAACAUUUGGAGGAAUGCGUUAUUUUGGUGGCGGUAACUGGGACGUCCAGCAGGCCCCAAAUCACAAUGAUACAACUUACAGUGUCCUUGCAAUCUAUUUUCCCUCUCUCACUAGAGCAAUACAGUGGUUUGAUAGAGAUUCAUGCUUCAAACAGAAAGAUUUUCCCCCGCCCUACACAACAGAUUGCAUAGCACUUCCACUGAAUUCUAGUGUUGAUACAAAAUUUUGCAAAACAUUGGUAUUGACGGAAUACCCACGAAUCAGUCAUCCCGAAUACUUCAGGGACAAGUUCUCCAUACCAACUCAAGAAAUGAUGAGCAAAAGAUUUAGUGCAACUCCAUAUGUUGUUAAAGCAACCUCGAUUCCCACUGACGACCCACGACAAAGAGUUGCACGACAUUUGCGUGGCUCAUGGAUCAAGAGAAACAGUAUAAUCACUUUAAGUUUGUUUGGAAGUCUCAAUGAAACACAUAGAUAUUUCACAGAUCCCGAAUAUUUGAGGUGCAAAGAAGCCCAGGAUAGAGUUUCAGCACCCACAACUGUAAUAAUGGAUCUUGAAGACUGGAGACUGUAAAUGAGCUCGGGCAUCAUAAUAGUGAUACUAAUGAUAUAUAUAUAUAUAUGCACAUACUUGUAAAUGACAUUGUUUUAAUUGCAGGCUUUGAAUAAAGCCUGAUAAUAGGAUAGUUGUGUUUUGUUUAUGAUUAUUUAUAGAAACAGGCCAGAUAAGUACAUUAACUUCGUUUGAUAAGUACGUUAACUUUAUAAGAUAUGUACAUUAAUUUUAAAAGAUAUGUUCAUUACCUUUAUAAGAUAUGUAUAUUAUCUUUUUGAGGUAUGUACAUGUACUUUCAUUUCAUAAGAUAAGUUGACAAUCUUUGUGAUAUAUGUACAUUAAUUUUACAAGAUAUGAACUUUAACUUUAAAAUUUAUCUACAUUAACUUUAUAAAAUAUGUACAUUAAUUUUAUAAGAUUUGAACAUUAACUUAAUAAGACAAGAUCAUUCACUAAGAAGGAUAUGUACCUUACUUUAUAAGAUUUGUACAAUAAGUUGAUAAGAUACAUAUAAUAGCUUUGUAAGAUACCGGUAUUAUCUGUGAUAUAAACAACCUCCCGUCCUCGUUUUGUUUGUCAACUAAGUAGAGUUUAAAAAUGUAUUAUACGCAAUCAAUAAAACGAAUAGAUUAGUGUUUGAUAAAUGCAUUUGAUAAAGAUAAAAUAUAUGGAUGUAUGUAUCUAUUAAACAAACUAAAUUGUAUAUAUAAAACAUAUGUGUGUUAGUAAGAGGUAUUUAACAUUUAGUGCUUCGUAUCUGGUAUACGUGACAUUUUUACAGUCUGUGAUAUAAGCUUAUAUUUAUGAAAGCAAGAUUUAAGAAAUUAGAUAGUUUUUUAUGUAUUUUUUUUUAUUUUCAAAGUGGUUUCUUUUAGAUCAGAUAAAAUAUUCGUGUUUUUAUACAAUAUAUUGUAACUGAUAAAUGUAAAUGUUAAGAGGUGAUAAAAGAACUGUUUUAUCAGUGAGCUGUUUUAUCUGUAGAUCUAUAUGUUUCUGUCAUUAUCUGUCUCAUUGUAUGGAUAUAUUGCACAUACUUCAUGACCUAUUGCGGUGAUAUAAUUUAUUGGUACGGAAAUGAAAUAUUUGAUAUGACUUAACAUGUACUUAAUAUUCUCUUGUAGAUAUAUAGUUCAAUAAAUAUAACCAGAAAAGAG